GUCUACAGCAGACUCAUCUCCACUAGCAGCACCCAAUCACGAGCAUGACGCACGGACCUUCUAACUUUGAUAAAAGUACUAGAUCUAGCCUAUUACGGCAAUAUAAAAAUAUAUAAUAUAAACAAAGUAUUGAUAUUUUACUAUUAAGUUUCAUUUCGUUUUUCAUACUUGGCGUAGGUUACACGAAACUAAUAACAACCAAUAGUUGGAGGUAGGCGUGAUCUUACUUUCCUUUUUAUACACUGUAUCCUUCGAAUUUGUAAUUUUUUUGUGUUUUAUGAUCCGAUCUUCCAGAUAUACAAUAUGAUUUGAGUUUGAAUAGUAUUCUGCUGAAUAAAUUAAAAAAAUCGGUAUAUCGUAUUAUUUGAAUAAAUUUGUUAAAAAAUGGUUUCAGAUCGGGCAUCCCUACGUCCAAUCAGACGAUCAGUCGAGCGCUGAUCAGUUUUCUUUUUUCAGUACUUUUCUUCCGGGCUUUUAAAUAUUAUGUAAAUAAAAUGAUGCGUAGUUUUUUAUAGGUUUUGUGAUAGAUAAAACGAUACGCUUAUUUAAAACUGGAAAAGAUAGAACCACAAGAAUCUCUCAGUCGGAAAUAGGUACUUUACUAGUACACUUUUAAGUCGAACGUUUGGUUUGAAAACAAUUUCUGUUUCUGUUUGUUCUGAAAUCAAAAGCAAUGACGCUAGAAGAAAAAGUCGUUUAUCCUUGGAUGGCACCUUUAUUGGCAGGUGGUUUAGCUGGUCUAAGUGUAGACGUUACUUUGUAUCCAUUGGAUACAUUGAAGACUCGUCUGCAGAGUCAACAGGGUUUCCACAAUGCUGGUGGAUUUAAAGGAGUUUACAGAGGAUUGACGACAGUGGCCUGUACAUCGGUGCCUACGUCAGCAUUAUUCUUCAUGUCCUAUGAGGCUACCAAACGAACGAUGCAGCCGUACGUAGCCACUCAGUAUGCUCCAUUCGUUCAUAUGUUCGCUGCUAGCGUUGGUGAAGUGUUGGCAUGCGUUAUCCGUGUUCCUACAGAGAUAGCGAAACAGCGGAAGCAAACCUCUGUCGGCAACAAGAAUAGAAGUAGCAUUAGGAUAUUAGUUCAGGCUUACGAGGCUGAGGGGUUGAGACGUGGUGUUUAUCGUGGCUUCAUGUCCACUGUGGCCAGAGAUUUGCCGUUCAGCUUCAUCGAGCUGCCCGUGUGGGAGAUGCUGAAGACGGUAGUGAGACACCACAACGACGGUCAAGUAACUAAUCUACAUAGCGCGAUUUGCGGGUCGAUAGCGGGCGGUUUCGCCGGCGUAGUGACUACGCCCCUGGAUUUAGCCAAGACGAGGAUAAUGCUCGCAGAGAAUUACGCGGUCACCAGGAAACUGAAAAUCAAGCCGGUUCUCACUAAUAUAUAUUGCGAGUCGGGAUUCCGCGGCCUGUUUGCUGGUGCCACACCAAGAUUGACGGCGUUCAUGCUCGGUGGUUUUGUAUUCUUCGGUGUGUAUGACGAUGCGAAGAAUUUCAUCGAGGGAUUAAAGAGAUAGCUGUACUUAUUUCUAUAUAUUGUCUUUAUGUACAGUUGUAAGUUUUUUGCGUAGAAAAGACAAAGUUCCUAAUUUUUUGUCGAUUUUAAGUCUUAA